UAAUAUGAUGCUGUUUCAGCCCCAUUUUCAUUCCUACGAAUGCAGAAUGCUUCUCUUGCUUCUUUUCAGAUAAUAAAUAUUUUUGAUAGCAGAACUGUAUAGAUCAAUUGGGGAAGCUUCUUUUCAGAUAAUCUGCCAUUGAUGCAAUUGAUUCGAUUUCACACUCUUCACUUAAUUGAGGAAAACAAAAAAUUACAUAUGUAGUAAACUGGAAAACACAAAUGAUUUCCUCCUGCAGUCACUGGGAAGAACAUAGAUGAUUAAUUUGGUACAAGUCCAACAACAUAGCAUAGCAUGGAUUAAGGACCUUGGUAAGCAAUCUAUGGUGAGUCUGCUGAGGCUUCAUGGAUCUUCCAAUUUGUCUAGCUGAAUGCAACAUGUGAUAAAAACAUCAAUAUCUUUUAGACUAUUCAAGUUUAAGAUCUGUCAAAGAGUCUUGCUUUCUGAUUUCCAUAUGUGGCAUGCUUGCAAGAUACCUGACUGGUGAAUGCCCUCUUACUUUGAUCCAUUUUAAUGGGUCUUUCCAUUUGCGAUAUGCUUCCAUCAGCAGCAGGCAGGUCUUUGGUAUCAGUAAAGACUGAGCUAUCAACUGUGUUACAUUUUGCUUCUGCUAUUCCUGCAUGCAAACAUUUUCAAGCCAGUAGGUUUUGCCAACAAGUGCUGUUAAUAGUAGGCACUUACUAUUUGAUGUAGAACACUUGCUCUUGUCUUGUGCUAUCAGGACUGUUGCUGAGAUGCUUGCAAAGGCACUAGAUUGCAGCUUUCUUGAAGCUGAUGACUUCCACUCACAGGCAAACAAAGACAAGAUGAGAAAAGGGGUUCCGCUUACAGAUGAAGAUCGAUUCCCAUGGCUUGAAGCACUCCGCGAUGUGGUCGGGAAGAUCAUGAGCUCCAGUAAAAAUGUAACUCUUACCUGUUCUGCACUGCAGAAAAAGUACCGGGAGAUCCUCAGGUCAGCCGAUGCCGAUUACAAGCCGGGACAGUACACCAUCUGCAGGGUGAAAUUUAUAUGCUUAGAGGCUCCAGUGGAAGUAAUUGCAGACAGGAUCAGGAGAAGAUCAAAAGAUGGGAAGCAUUUCAUGCCUGUUUCUCUGUUGCAGUCCCAGUUGGACCUGCUUCAGAUUGAUGAAGCCGAAGGGGUGAUUAGGGUUGAUGCCACCAUGAGCCGUGAAGCCAUUUUAGAGAGCAUACUGACAAGCCAUUUUUGAUGACAGAAGUGGGCAGCUGAUUGUUUGAAGUGAGAAUAAAGCUUAAUAGUUCUGCUAGUGACUGAAGGUAAUAAGCUGGCACGCAUAGCAUAGCAUACAGUUGAUAAAUUUGAUGGUUUGGUGUCGACUGAUGACACCAGUUAAACAUGAAUAAUCAUCUCUUGCUAGUGAACUCAUUUCAAUUGCCAAAGCAGGAUAAGUAUUUAUUAGACACUAGUGGAACAUUUUCUCCAUCAUACGAAGUGAUUGCUAAGUACAACUUCAGAUGAUGUUAUCUGUUCCUUUGGAAUAAUUAAUGAUUUUAAGUUCAAUGUAAUUGAU